GAAGUCCCGUGGUCAACUCCAGUUCAAAAAAAACAAUCCCACCACUCUCCACCCCAACUUCCGGCCCGCCGCCCCGUCGGAACCCUAGGCCGUCGCCGGCCGCGCGCCGCCAUGACCGGGACAUCCUGGAUAAUUGAUAGCCAAAGAAUUGCUUCAAAAAUUAAAAACGUUUCUGGAUCAUUGGAUCUCAGUAAACAAAAGUGGAGGAGCAAUCCAAGUAAGGAGUGCCCAAGCUGCAGCCACAUCAUUGAUAACAGUGAUGUUGUGCACCAGUGGCCUGGUUUGCCAAAAGGUGUAAAAUUUGAUCCUACCGACCAGGAAUUGCUUUGGCAUUUGCUUGCAAAACAUAAUAAAUCAGGUGCUGAACCUCACCCAUUCAUCGAUGAAUUUAUUCCAACAGUUGAGGAAGAUGAUGGUAUCUGCUACACCCAUCCACAGAAACUUCCAGGUGUUAAACAAGAUGGAAGUGUAUCACAUUUCUUCCACAGAACAUUUAAAGCCUAUAACACGGGGACUAGGAAGCGUCGAAAGAUAAACACUGACAAUCUUGCCGAUGUUCGCUGGCACAAGACGGGCAAGACGAAGCCAGUAAUAGUUGAUGGAAAGCACGCUGGCUGUAAGAAAAUAAUGGUGCUGUAUGUGAGUACUGUGAAGGGUGGUAAGCCCAAGAAGACCAACUGGGUGAUGCAUCAGUACCACCUAGGCACUGGGGAGGAUGAGAAGAAUGGGGAAUAUGUUGUCUCCAAAUUAUUUUUUCAGCAACAAUUUAAACUUGAAGAAACAAAUGCACAGGAGUUAACCAAUACAGAUGCUUUGGAAACUAUAGUUGCUGAAGCAGAUCUACCCGACCUCCCUGAACCAACCAUGGAAGAAGAUGAUGACGAACAUAUUAGUAGUAUUACUAACCAAGAGGUUCUUCAUAAUAAUGAAUAUAACACCGACCGGGAAGCUCUUCAUAGCAACGAACAUAAUGCUUAUCAGGAGAACGAGAAUUGUGAAAUAAAUAUGGAAGAAAAAGCUGCUGAAGAGAAUGCUGCCUAUCCAUCCUCUGAAAAACCCGAGGAUGGAGAUAAUCCCUCAUCACAAGAUCCAAAUUUGUGGGAGGGGGACUCGCAGUUUCUGUUAGAUUCUCAGCAGCUAGCAGAAAACUUAGCGAUUUGUGACGAGUUCCUUCAGAGCCAGACCUCAUGUGGCGAUGGAGAUGAGCCAGGUACGAUCAAGCCUCGCCUGGCCGUUUAUGCCCAGUUGCCAGUAGAGGACUUGAAGAAGGAUCUGGAGGAAUACAAGGACUUGGGCCCUUCUGAUAAUGCUGCUAAUCUUGAACUUGACAACACAUCUGAAUUUCGAUUGAGCCAACUCGAAUUCUCACAGGACAGCUUUACGGCAUGGCCUGGUGGCAAGUUGGUUGAUUGACGUAGCUCCAAUGCGCUGACAGCGCUUGGCACUAUGUGCAUGAAGAAACAUCUGAAGCCUUUUAGAGCGAUGCACAGCAAGCAUCAUCAACCGUAGUUUCAGCCACGUGGUGAGGUGGUUAUUUUGUAUCAGUGAAUCUGAGAUGUAACAUAAACCGUGGCUCAUUGAGUCAGCCUGUUGAUGAACUUUCUGGCAUCCAUAUGAACUGUAAAUUAUAAGAAAGGCCAACAGGAUGAUUGCUCAGCGCUAGGACUAGCUUUGGUCUAUCCCCCAAAAAAAUUUCUAGCUUUGGUCUAGCAGCAUGUGUAUGUAAAUGUUCAGAAUUAACUGCAUAAUUAGCAACGAUAUCUAAAGUACAGUUGAGCUUUUCUUCA